CUUACACAAUUCCUCCCUUUACCUUUACUCAUUAUCGACUUGCUGAAAAGCUUCAUCCCUUGGUUUACUUUCAGUGAAAACCAGUUACUUGUGCUUUUAUGGAAUCAGGGAAGUUGCAAGCUGUGGUGUCAGAGGAAAGGAACCCUCGGGGAAUACCGAAAGCACCAUUCAUCGCAGAUGUAGAGGAAUAUGUUGGAGGAUCGGACGGGGAUAUUGAAGGCCCACUCAAAGCGUUCCAAGAUGCUAUGGCGAAGUACCGGUACAUGGACGAUAACCUAGCACAACGGCGGAGAGGAUUAGAGGAGAAGAUUCCUGAUUACAAGAAGACGUUGGAUAUGGUGGAAUAUCUGCAGGAGAGACGCGAGGGAAAGGGAAAGGCAUCGGAAAGUGAUGAUCUGGAUGAUGACUUGGACGAUGAGGCUGAUGAUUCGUCUUCAAAACCGAUACGGACCACCUUCGAACUGAACGAGACGCUGUAUGCCGAAGCAGAACUUGAGGAGACGGAUACAGUCUAUCUAUGGCUCGGAGCUAAUGUUAUGCUGUCAUACAAAAUACCAGAAGCCAUCGCUCUACUAAAAUCUAAACUCGAAGCUGCCGAGACGAGUCUUCAAAAUACGAUUGAAGACCUGGAAUUUAUUAGAGAACAGCUGACGAUAAUGGAAGUGAAUACCGCACGUGUAUAUAACUGGGAUGUGAAGCGACGACGGGAGCGAAGAGAGAAGGAGGCGUUAGUGGGAUCGAGCGGUACAACUAAAGGCGACAGUGGCUAG